AUGGCACGCAGGUCGGAGCAGUCGGACGCGGUGUUCAGGCUGGUGGUGCUGGGGACGGGGGGCGUGGGCAAGUCAGCUCUCUCGCAACAGCUGCUGUACAAUCUGUUUUCUGAAGACUACGAGCCCACGAUCGAGGAGCUCUACCGCAAGCAAGUCGCCAUCGACAACCACGCCUGCAUGCUCGAGAUCUUGGAUACCGCCGGCAUGGAAGAACUGAGUGCGAUGAAAGACCAGUACAUGCGAAGCGGAGAAGGCUUCGUGUGCGUGUACGACAUCACGUCGCGACAAACGUGGGAGGAGCUCAGGACACUGUGCGACAAGGUGCUCCAGGUCCAGCAAGAGGACGAAGUGCCCAUGGUCAUAGUGGGCAACAAGUGCGACCUCGGUGAGGCCCGACGGGAGGUGACCGUCGCCGAGGGCAAGGAGCUGGCCACCAACUUCCACGCUCAGUUCUACGAGGCCUCGGCCAAGCUGGGCACCAACGUCGAAGCGAGCUUCUUCGACCUCGUCCGCGACAUCCGACAACGGCGCAGUAGCAGCCGCCCCGCGGUGGGCAAGUCCACCAGGCGGAUCUGCCCGCUGUUCUGA